GCAGUCAGUCUCACCUGGGCGCCUGCCGGGAGGUCAGUCCUAGGCCCUGGGGGGCAGGACUAGGGGCGGGGCCAGGGGCAGGGGUUCCCCAGCUCUGCUGCCUCCGAUAAGGGCCUGAAGGGGCUGUCGCGCUCCUGGCGGUUUGAUAAGGAGGGCGGGGGGAGGCCGCGGGGAGGCGUCGGGGUUUGAGGUCCCCGCCUGGCGACCCGGGAUCGGGGUUAGGAAAGGCGGCUGGGCGGGGAGAGGGCGGGGCGGGGCGUCUGGCUUGGCCACGCCCACCGCCAUCCGGGGUCCUGGCCCGCUAAGAUGGCGAUGGCUACGGUAGCAGCGGCGGCGGCUGUUGCCUGGCCCGGGACCCUGGGGACGGGGGCCGAGUAGCGCCUUCCCCGGGCCCCGUGAACCGGCUGCGGGUCGCCCUUGGGGGGCAGCGGCCGCAGCCCCCCACCUGGGCCCUCGGUCCGCCCUCCCGGCGCGUCCAUGAACUCAGUGUCGCCGGCCGCCGCGCAGUACCGGAGCAGCAGCCCGGAGGACGCGCGCCGCCGGCCCGAGGCCCGCAGGCCGCGGGGUCCCAGAGGCCCAGACCCCAACGGCCUGGGGCCUUCCGGAGCCAGCGGCCUCGCUCUUGGCUCUCCCGGGGCUGGCCCGAGUGAGCCGGACGAAGUGGACAAGUUCAAGGCCAAGUUCCUGACAGCCUGGAACAACGUCAAGUACGAUGGGGGAAUGGAAGCGCUGUUGCUGUCAUGCAAGUGCUUCAUCUCGCUGGGCGCUGCCCCUACGUCUCCCCAGGUUGGGUGGUUAAAAGCCGGACCAGCUUUAGCAAGAUCUCCAGCAUCCACCUCUGUGGCCGCCGCUACCGUUUCGAGGGCGAGGGUGACAUACAGCGUUUCCAGCGGGACUUUGUGUCCCGCCUGUGGCUCACAUACCGCCGGGACUUCCCGCCCCUUCCUGGGGGCUGCCUGACCUCGGACUGUGGCUGGGGGUGCAUGUUACGCAGCGGCCAGAUGAUGCUGGCACAAGGCCUUCUGCUGCAUUUCCUGCCCAGAGACUGGACAUGGGCCGAGGGCAUGGGCCUGGGCCCCCCUGAGCUGUCAGGGUCAGCCUCUCCCAGCCGGUACCAUGGGCCUGCCCGCUGGAUGCCCCCACGCUGGGCCCAGGGUGCCCCUGAGCUGGAGCAGGAACGCCGGCACCGGCAGAUUGUGUCCUGGUUCGCCGACCACCCCCGGGCCCCCUUUGGCCUACACCGGCUGGUGGAGCUUGGGCAGAGCUCAGGCAAGAAGGCAGGUGACUGGUAUGGGCCAUCGCUGGUGGCACACAUCCUCAGGAAAGCCGUGGAGAGCUGCUCCGAGGUCACCCGCCUGGUGGUGUACGUUUCUCAGGACUGCACAGUGUACAAGGCGGAUGUGGCACGCCUGGUGGCCAGGCCAGACCCCACAGCCGAGUGGAAGUCUGUGGUCAUCCUGGUGCCCGUGCGACUGGGUGGCGAGACUCUCAACCCCGUGUAUGUGCCCUGCGUGAAGGAACUCCUGCGUUGCGAGCUGUGCCUGGGCAUCAUGGGUGGGAAACCGCGACACUCACUGUACUUCAUUGGCUACCAAGAUGACUUCCUGCUGUACCUGGACCCUCACUACUGCCAGCCCACUGUGGAUGUCAGCCAGGCUGACUUCCCCCUGGAGUCCUUCCACUGCACCUCGCCCCGCAAGAUGGCCUUUGCCAAGAUGGACCCAAGCUGUACCGUGGGCUUCUAUGCUGGAGACAGGAAGGAGUUUGAGACACUCUGCUCAGAGCUGACCAGGGUCCUCAGCUCCUCCUCAGCCACGGAGCGGUACCCCAUGUUCACCCUGGCCGAGGGCCAUGCUCAGGACCACAGCCUGGACGACCUCUGCUCCCAGCUCGCCCAGCCCACACUCCGGCUCCCUCGCACAGGGCGGCUCCUCAGGGCCAAACGCCCCAGCUCUGAGGACUUUGUGUUUUUAUAAAGGGAGGGGAUGAGGGGAAAGAUACAACACUAUUUAUUUUUUUAUUUAUGUCAUGUCGGGUGUGGGAUCUUGAGCUCUGGCAGUGAUGAUGGUACUUCCUGUUGUCAGCCCCUCAAGCCCAGCUGCAACCAGUCUGGGGCCAUUCAGCCAGGGACAGAGCCCACAGAGCCCACACACCUGUCUCCCACCAGCGGGGGCCCUCCUGGCAGGGUAGGGAAGGAGGACCCCGGGCACCCCCCUCAGGGCCUGACUCACGUACUGUAGUUUGCACUGGACGCCCGGGCCCUCCCUGUCCCAAAGCCCCCUUGGGGGAACUGUGGCUGCUGGGGGCCAAUAAAGCUGUGUAACUUGA